UCCGCCGCCGGUUCGGCCGAGCGGCAUCGACUCCCGCGGCUCUGGUUGGCGCCGCAGUCGGACCCAGGGCUCCUGCUGGCCCGCUGCGACGACGAAGACGAUGGCCCCCUGAGCGGGACGGCGCCAGGUAGCGGCGGGCGGGCGGGAGCCGCAGCCCUGCCCGCGUCGGAGCCCAGGCUGAUCGCGCCUCUUUGUCUCCGGGCGGAAGUGGGACUCGCGGCGGGGACGCGGCGGCCGCACCAUGAGCGACAUCCGCCACUCGCUGCUGCGGCGCGACGCGCUGAGUGCCGCCAAGGAGGUGCUGUACCACCUGGACAUCUACUUCAGCAGCCAGCUGCAGAGCGCGCCGCUGCCCAUCGUGGACAAGGGCCCCGUGGAGCUGCUGGAGGAGUUCGUGUUCCAGGUGCCCAAGGAGCGCGGCGCGCAGCCCAAGAGACUGAAUUCGCUCCAGGAGCUCCAGCUUCUUGAAAUCAUGUGCAGUUAUUUCCAGGAGCAAAGCAAGGACUCUGUACGGCAGAUAAUUUUCUCCUCCCUUUUCAGCCCCCAAGGGAACAAAGCCGACGACAGCCGGAUGAGCUUGUUGGGAAAGCUGGUCUCUAUGGCUGUGGCUGUGUGUCGGAUCCCCGUGUUGGAAUGUGCGGCCUCCUGGCUCCAGCGGACGCCUGUGGUCUACUGUGUGAGACUUGCCAGGGCCCUAGUGGACGACUACUGCUGUUUGGUGCCAGGCUCGGUUCAGACACUGAAGCAGAUUUUCAGUGCCAGUCCCCGUUUCUGCUGCCAGUUCAUAACGUCCGUGACUGCACUCUACGACCUGUCAUCAGAUGACCUCAUCCCACCUUUGGACUUGCUUGAAAUGAUUGUCAGCUGGAUUUUCGAGGACCCAAGGUUGAUUCUCAUCACGUUUUUAAAUACUCCCAUCGCCGCCAACCUGCCCAUAGGAUUCUUAGAGCUCACGCCCCUUAUUGGGCUGAUCCGUUGGUGCGUGAAGGCCCCUCUUGCUUACAAAAGGAAGAAGCCUUGCCUCUCCAACGGCCACAUCAGUCACAAGGUCACCAAGGACUCAGGCACAGGCACAGACAGAGACUCGAACCUGCUGUACUCGAAGUUACACCUGAGCGUCCUGCAGGUCCUUAUGACGCUCCAGCUGCACCUGACCGAGAAGAAUCUGUAUGGGCGCCUGGGACUCAUCCUGUUUGACCACAUGGUCCCAAUUGUAGAGGAGAUAAACAGACUAGCAGAUGAACUGAACCCUCUCAAUGCUUCCCAGGAGAUUGAGCUUGCACUGGACCGAUUGGCCCAGGCAUUGCAGGUGGCCAUGGCAUCGGGGGCUCUGCUUUGCACAAGAGAUGACCUGAGAACCUUGUGCUCCCGGCUACCCCAUAACAACCUGCUCCAGCUGGUGAUCUCGGGCCCAGUGCAGCAGUCGCCACACACCGCUCUGCCCCCUGGGUUCUACCCGCACAUCCACACCCCCCCACUCGCCUAUGGGGCUGUGCCAGCCCACCCUGCUGCCCACCCAGCCCUGCCUACACACCCAGGGCACACCUUCAUCUCAGGCGUGACAUUUCCAUUCAGGCCCAUCCGCUAGGUCGGCCCUUCUGAGCCGCCAAGCGGCUGUGUGCCUUGCACUUGGGCCAAGGAAGCCUUCGGAGAGGGGUGCUGGCCCCAUGGACAAGGACCCCUGGGAGGCAGCAGGUGGUCCCUCUAGCUGACAGAACCAUCUUGGUACUGAUGUCCCAAGUUGCUGUCCCUGAGUGCCUCCUACCUGGUCAUGUUAAAUGUCCAGAUUGGAUGGGUGAAAGGGAGUAUACUUAGCCCACUGCAGAGAGUGCUGUGGGUUUUUUAAAUAUACCAGUCCCAGAGUGAUGGUAUCACUCAUGCACAGACACUCUCAGCCAGCCACCAGGGAACGCUGGCGGGUAAGCCGCCCCUCGGGUCCAUUUGCCCUGCCUCAGGAAUGUGAUGUGUCUCUGCCACCAACACAAGUGUUCCGCAGCUCCAUGAGCUCAGAAUGUGGAGGGAGAGACCCACGCUUGUAUGCAGCACUGGGCACUGCUCAGGGACACCUGUUGGGAUUCCCCAUCACCUUGGAAAGGAUCUUCUGUGUUUUAUUUCGGGGUUAUCUCUAAAUUUUCCUUUCAUGUGUUCAAAAUAAAUUUUUUUCUAAACAGUU